UCGCAAUCCCAAGCUAGGCUGCUGCCUGCCACUCUUUCCUCUUGGAGCAGUUUCGUUUUCGACUGGAAGCUACAGCUACAGCAGCAGGAGAAAUUGCUAGCGCCGCUGGCCCCGCCUCGGCGCCUCCCAAUAUUUUCCAUCGCGGCCGCCACAGCCAGAGCCGCCGCGCCCGAGCGUUUUGCUUCCGGGAGCGGCGAGGCGGGACGGUUAGUUCACGUGGGGGGAGCGGGAGCCCCCCUCGCUCUCUCAUUCGACGCGGCGUGACCUGAGGAGCGGCGGGGGAACGAGAUGGCGGCCGAGGGGGAGGCGGCGGCGCUGGAGUUCACGCCGACGUGGAUCGUGGCGGCGGUCUGCUCGAUCAUCGUGCUGCUCUCGCUCGUCGCCGAGCGCUGCCUCCACUACCUCGGCAAGAAGCUCAAGAAGAAGAACCGGAAGCCGCUCUACGAGGCGCUGCUCAAGGUCAAGGAAGAGCUGAUGCUUCUGGGGUUCAUCUCCCUGCUGCUGACGGUGUUCCAGGGGAUGAUCCAGAGGACAUGCAUCCCUGCCGGAUGGACGGACAACAUGCUGCCAUGCCAGAGGCUGGAAGUGAAGGCUGGCGCCACCAAGGAGCAUUUCGUUGCUGCCGGGAUCCUUGGCAGGAUCGGGAGGCGGCUGCUCAGUGAAGGCGACGCUGGGGCCGACAACUGCCUGAAGAAGGGAAAAGUUCCACUUCUGUCCCUUGAAGCCAUACAUCAGCUGCACAUUUUCAUAUUUGUUCUGGCGAUUACACAUGUUAUUUUCAGCGUUGCAACUAUGCUUUUAGGAGGUGCGCAGAUACACCAAUGGAAACAGUGGGAGAAUGAAAUCCAGAAAGAUGCUCCUGGAAAAGGUCCCAAGAAGGUAACCGAUGUGCGUCGUCAUGAAUUCAUCAAGAAACGUUUUAAGGGUAUUGGCAAAGAUUCUAGAAUCUUGAGUUGGCUGCAUUCUUUUGGUAAGCAGUUUUAUAGAUCAGUAUCUAAAUCAGAUUACACUACAAUGCGCCUUGGUUUUAUCAUGACUCACUGCCCUGGAAACCCAAAAUUUGAUUUCCACAGAUACAUGGUGAGGGUUUUAGAAGCUGACUUUAAGAAAGUAGUAGGCAUAAGCUGGUACUUGUGGGUCUUCGUGGUGAUAUUUCUGUUGCUGAAUGUUAAUGGUUGGCAUACAUACUUUUGGAUUGCCUUCCUUCCCCUUUUUCUUCUGUUAGCUAUUGGCACUAAGCUGGAGCACGUCAUAGCUCAGUUGGCCCAUGAUGUAGCUGAGAAGCACACGGCAAUUGAGGGUGAUGUGGUUGUAAAGCCAUCAGAUCACCACUUCUGGUUGGGCAAGCCAAGGAUUAUCUUUUACCUAAUCCACUUCAUCUUCUUUCAGAAUGCAUUUGAGAUUGCAUUCUUCUUCUGGAUACUCAGCACUUAUGGAUUCGACUCAUGCAUCAUGGGGCAAGUUCGUUUUAUCGUGCCAAGACUUGUUAUCGGGGUUGUCAUUCAGCUUCUCUGCAGCUACAGCACCCUACCUCUGUAUGCUAUUGUAACACAGAUGGGGAGCUGCUACAAAAAGGAGCUCUUCAACGAGCAUGUGCAGCAGGGUGUCCUGGGCUGGGCACAGAAGGUCAAGAUGAGGAAGGGGUUGAAGGGGGCUGCAAGCAAGGCCGAACCGACUAGCAAUGCCGAUUCAGCAGGGCCUUCUGUUAAGAUUGAAAUGGCGAAAGCUGGGGAGGACGUUGAGGCCGUUGGGAACACAGAGUGAUCGAACAGUAGGGUAUCCAUGUUGUAAUGAUGUGGCAGGUUCAUAUGCCACCAUUUUUUGCAGAUAGCUGUUUGUCACAGCAGCCUGAAGUAGUGCAUUAGUUUGCCGUAAUAUCAAGCAGUGCUUGUGGUCUGUGCAGUUGUCCGAGUGGUGCCUCACCUCACAGGUGACAGGUCCACCUAGUCGCCGAUGCCAUUAGCAAAUGGCAGUGGCGACAAGGCCCGCUUGCACCUAAAAGUGUCUCAGAAGCCUCUGGUAAAGUUGGAUACUUCAUGAAGUCA